AUGGCAGACCCUCAGCUUCUGAUGCUCUUGGAGCGAGAGCUGAGCCAGGACCGAAACGCACCUGCUGUGCUGGCUGUGCUGCAGGCCAUAUCACGGCUGGAGCCCGCCAUGCGCCAGUUCCUCCUCACCGGCCUGCACCACGCUGUUGAGAAGAGCUCUGUGAAGCAGGGCCCGGCCAUCCGCGUGGCAAACGACGUGCAACACCUGCGCGCCCUCUCCGUGCAGCAGGACAAGAUUGAGCGCACGGCAGAGACGCUGCUUGGAUAUGUGCCCCUGCUCCGCGCCAACAACGUGACGGCGGCCAACGAGUACGUGCGCCUGGUGGCCGCGUGCGUCAUGCAGGCGACGCUGCAGGGCUACGACCCGGCCAAGAACAACCGCCUCUUCGUCAUGUGCCAUGACCUCCUCGCCCUCUGUCUCGUGCACCCGGCGUUUGACGCAGAGACGCAGCACAAGUUCACCGCCCUCAUGCAGACGCUCAACAGCCUGUGCAGGGGCCUGGUCCCCACGCAGGACGACGGCACCGGCAUCCACGACAGCAGUCUUGGCAGCGAGAUGAUGCUCGCCGCACACAUGUCGCCCGUCCUCACAGCGGCACACCAGCAGCAGCAACAACACCAACAACAGCAGCAGCAACACCAACAACAGCAACAGCCGUGGACAGCGGGCGGUGUUGCGUUUCCAUCGUCACUCGCGUCCACCACUUCCUCUGCCAACAGCCUGCCAGCACAGCCAUCUUCCUCCCGCCAUGACGACCACCUGUGCACCAGCGACUAUGGCAACACCAAUAACAGCAGCGGUAGCACCAUGACUGUGCACACUGCCAUGGCCAUGGCAACAACAGCUGCGCCAACAGCAGCAGAACAGCACCACGGCGCCAGCACAUCCCGCUCCCUGCCCAACGUCUCGCCAAGCAACACCGCGCACGCCACAACCCAUGACAACGGCGACGACAACGAUGGUGGUGAUGGUGGUGGUGGUGGUGAUGGUGAUGAUGGGAUGCAGUUUGGUGGUGAUGAUGGUUCUCACGCAGACCCAACAGCAUCAGCGCCAGAAGAGGAAGAAGACCACAGCGCGACCGCCACUGCGCCUGCGGGGAUGGGCGAGGACGGCAUGACGGAUGGCAGUGCUGUGUCGGCGGCGUCAUCAACGACGUCGCUGUCACCGAUGGCACGCAAGCAGCGGCGCAAGAAGCGCGAUCUCCGGCCGCAGCGCGCCGCCCCACGGGUACCCGGUACUGCCCAGCAGGUACCAGACGUCCUGGCCUAUACACAGGAGGCCACAAUAGAGACACGCGCACACGACGGUGGUGCGGACGGUGUGGACAAGAAUGCAAACGCCAGCGCCGAGAGCGAGACUGAAGGCGACAACAAACACGAAGAGGCAAUGGCGGAGACCGAAAGCGGUACAGCCGAGCAGCAGCAACAGCAGCAACAGUACGUUGACAACGAGAGCGCAACCGCUUCAACGCCAACAGCAGCAGCCACGUCGGCGUCAACGACGACGACAACCACAACAACCACAACAACAACAGCUCCACCUUCGCCGAUGGAUGAUGCCAACAACAACCGUGGGGACGUGUUUGAUUCGGCCACCCUUGAACGCAUGCGCGUGUGGCUCAAGUCGCUGCGACUGCACAAGUACCACUCCAUCUUCGCCUCGCUCAACUAUGACGCAAUGAUGGCCAUCACCGACGCCGAACUCGAACGCCGCGGUAAUUAA